AUGAAUCUUCUAGCUUAAGAGAAAACAAGUAAAUUAAAAGUUUCUAAAAUGAAUGAUGUUGAAAAAUACGAAUUAUAAAUGAUUAUAGCAAAAGGAAAAUCAUAAUUGUCUGACUUGGAAAAGGCAUAUACAAUCCAAUUACGUAAAGUUUAAUAGUCAAAUUUCGAGGAAUAAUAAACGAAAUUAAAGAAUUAGGCUAAGGAUAUAAAUGAAAAAGGUAACAACGAAUUUUACUUACAUUGA